CUCGUGCGAGCCGAGAGCGAGACGAGAAAGUGGCCGUAUGGCGCGACGCCGCGGCACUCGUUGCUGCGUGUGGCGCCUGUUAUCGGGAAGAGAUCGAGAGACGAGAGUCGCCACCGCAGAGAGCAUAAUAUGCCUACCCGACUCUCAGCUAAAGUGUAUUCGCACGCACCGACGCGCACCAGUCCAGCAUCCACUAACGACGCGAAAUCGAUCGCUGCACAUAUAAAUAUGAGCCGACUUUAGUUUCGUUUCUGCGCUUCGAUGAUUAACUUCCAUCCGAGCCUUACUGUCUACUCGCGACCGUCGAAUCUCGAGCUUGCGCCUCCCGAAAGCCCAUCAAAGCUCAGUACCGCCCACGUGAUCCUUCCGAGCCGAGGCAGCUGCGUCCUCUGUUGCACCCUUUGUCCUCCUCGAGAAUCCGCCGACUCGCCACUAUGAACAAGUGGCUUUGCUGCACCAUUUACAUUGGCUUUUUCAGCUUUUCCGGGUUCAUAGAUAUCACCAAUUCAAAGGAGAUUCUGCCUCAAAAUACUUUAUUGAAUGAAGUUGAAACAAUCAUUAAUAAAGCCAUAAAGCUUAUAAAUGAACCAGCUACUUUUAAACUUUACACGAGGGAAAAUCCUUUUGGAGAAGAACAAUUGCUUCUUAACAAUACAGAAGUUCUCUAUGCAUCACAUUUCAACGAAAGCAGGCCAACAAAACUAUUGAUACAUGGCUUUAGCGAUACUGGAAAAGAGGCAUGGAUCAGAAAUUUAGUUGACGCUUAUCUCAAAUACCAAGAUGUAAAUGUAAUAGUAGUCGGUUGGGGUGUAUUAGCUGCUGAUCCUUACCCUACAGCAGCAAAUAAUACUCGCCGAAUCGGUGAAUAUCUUGGAGUAUUUCUUGAAUUUCUAAGUCGCGAGUCCAAUCUAGAUUACAAAGAUGUACACAUCUGUGGUCAUAGUCUUGGCUGUCAUGUGGCUGGGUUCACGGGCGCAUUACUCGACGGAAGAAUAGGAAGGAUAACGGGUCUUGAUCCGGCGAGUCCGCUUUUUGAAACUCCAUCCGGUGGUGUCGAUCCCGAUUUUCGUCUCGAUCCAACAGAUGCUCAGUUUGUCGAUGUGAUACAUACUAGCGGUACAGCUUUUGGAUUUUUAGCACCAAUAGGUCACGUCGAUUUCUAUCCCAAUAGUGGAAAAUUUCCUCAACCUGGUUGUAAUUUCGCUCCAACAAACACUUACUGCAGUCAUACACGAGCUUACCAACUAAUGACAGAGAGCAUCGGCAGUACUUCUGGAUUUAAAUCGAGAAAUUGUGAAAGUUGGGAAAAAUACAAAGAGGGGCUGUGUGAUCGUAAUCCCAUCGUCCUUAUGGGUGAAUACGCAUCAACGUCGCUACGAGGAAAGUAUUAUUUGACGACCAAAUAUGUUGCACCCUUUGCCAUCGAUUGAAUAUUUUAUUUGAAAAAUUAGCAAUAAUUUACUGCUGAAAUUUAACUCAAUACGAUUCAAGUUAUCGUGUAAUAUGGAUAGAUAAAACAACGCUUUCAUCGACUAGUCAUUUAUAAAAUUCAUGAAAUUGUACAUCACACUCUAUCAUUUAUUCUUCGCACAGGCUCGUAACAUACUUCAAUAAUUUUCAAUAAAUUGUUUUUUAAAAACGUA